CCAUCUUGAUUGUCUACCACAACGUUCAUCAAAAUGCCUUCAAGGAUUGCUGAGCCAGAUGAGUUGGCGUUCAUUACCUUUCCACCAUUCUCAAAACCCCUACCGGGAGUGACACUCAUCCCUUUCAAAGAUUUCAGGGCGUGUGGGAUACAGCUGUUUGCUGAAGUCAGAACAAGGAAGACAUGGAGCUCGAUGGCCUGGGCAUACCCACCGUCGAGUUGCGCGUGAAGCAUUCAACUGACGAGUGCAAGAGCAACACACGCAAGAGGAAACGUAAGAAGAAGACCGUUGCUGCCGUAGAAAGCGCGCCUGCAAGGAAGGUCCCGUGGUACGAAGAGUGGGAGGAAGGUGAAGAUCUGCGUAUUACGACGGGCAAGUUCGAUUCGAAUAUAUCUCAUGUGGAUCGCCUCUUUCAGGCUGCAAACGACUUUCGGGUCAAUCGCAUUUGGCCGCCGGUCACUUCUGCCAGUGGGGUCGGCCAGCUCUGGGACCAGGUAGUUGUUUUCGUCUUUGUGCUUGCGCGAACCUUACAGUUUCGUCUGUACGUCAAACUCCUUGUCAAUCCAAUGGUCUAUCGUAAACCGAGCAAAGACAAAGCAGAUGACGAUGACUACGAUGACCGUGAUAGCCCUUCUAAUACUCAGAUCGACGGGGAGGAUACCUUCGGACUAGCUCCUUCCUUAAAGGAUCCUGCUCGCUCAACUUACUCUGUUGAAUUAGACGAUCACGACGACGACGAAGGUAUUUUACAGGCACGCAAAUAUGAUCUGGAAGAACAACGCGAGGAGAAGCUGAUCGUGUUCUUGAACGACCCGGAGAAGUCGGUGACAAUUUUCCUAUUGUCUCACAUGCGUGAACAAGGCCUCAUCUGGUCUGAGAGGAACCUCGUUAACGCACCACACCUCCCCAGCUUUUCUUCGAACUUUGUCCUGCAGAACCGUUCUCCCAGAUACAGAGGAAACGGCACUUAAAGAUGCCAUCGAGGACAAUGAUCCAGGUCACUAACAUGCGCACUACUGCCCUCGUCGCUAAUGCCAACACCAUCGCACCACCCGAUAUAUGGUUUGCAGACACAACAGACACCGUUGCCGGCGGGUGGGGCGCAACGGGCGAUACCGGAAAGCCGCACAAUCCACAUGAGAACGAUAUCGUCGUGGUCUUAGAGCCUACC